AAAACUACGAGCCUGUUCUAACCUGAUCAUGCGCACAACAAUAUUUUCAUUCGUAGUAACAUAUUUAUGCACCUAUCUUCACUUUAUAAAUAAAUAUAAUGUAAAGAAAAUCUCUAAUUAUUGCAUAUACUAUGCCGGUGUGAAUCUAUCUGUACGCGUCUCCCACCGAUCAUUAUGAACAAUAUCGAUUAUUUAGCGAUACUUAGGAGUUUCAUAGUAUACGAACGUCGUAAUGUCAAUGGAAAAAAAAAGAAAAAAACGUCUGUGUCAUUUUGCCCCGCUGGGUUCGAAAUCGUAAAAAAGAAAAUCAUCGAUCAACAUGAGAUAUUGUUCGCGCUGCGUAUAUAUGUGCUUGCUCUUCGAUAUUAAAUUCGCUUAAAAACACGACGCGCACACACACUUUCUAUCGUCAGUAAACACGGAAUUGUACGGAAGUUCAUCGGUGGGGAAUGACAUGCGCAGAUUGGCUGGACGGUAGUGGGGACUCCCAUCUUUCCGUUGCGAGCAAAGGAGUAGGAGAUCUAUAAAACUGCAGACAGCGGAAGGCGAGAGGUAGUGUUAGAGGAUCGUCGUAGGGAGUUGUAGAUAUAUACGAGAGCACGAGUUUGGUUUUUCCUCGGUUGCAGUGACUGUUAUUUGUGUGUGCGAUUUCGGAGAGAAGAGAGAAUCAGCGGGUUAAACGAGAUCGACACGGCGCAUGAGAGGACGAAGAAAAAAAAAACAGGGCGAGCAUACGGAGAGAGCCGGAGACGUAACAGGGCGUGUGUAACAUACGUCUGUAACGAGAAACGGGACUUCGCUUAGCGAGGUGGAAUUCGGUAGGACGGGUGCUACGCGCUCGGCAUAUUUGCAACUGGGAUCUGGCAGCGCCAGGGAUUCUUGCCCACCGCGAAGCCAAACAACUCGCGUCCGCCAUUUUGCGAUAGAGAGAAGCCGUUGUUGUGCUCGGCGAGCGAGGGGAACGCGCGCGUUCUCUGUGUCAGAGAAUAGGCCGCGCGAAAGCGACGGGAAAGAGGCAGGAGGAACGAGACGCUAAGGUGGCGAACGGUCACCGGAUGUGGUCGAAUUUGCGAGGAACGCGCACUGGGAGGACCGCGAGAGAAGAGGAACACGAAGCGAGGUAGCAUUGCGCUAACAGGUUUUCGGAGUGCCCCGCCGCAUAUUAUUCCUUCGCAUCGUCAUCAUCGUCGUCGUCGUCAUCGUCGUCGUUCCCACCAUUGCUUUACCCUGACUACUGUGAUUAUUGCGCAGUUGGAAAACUUGCUGAGCACUGACGCCGAGGAACGUGGGAUAUCGCCUCCGAGAGGCAAUCCGCGAAAAUUAACGGCCGACGGAUUGGUCGGUCUCGUGAGGAGGGUGAGUGACGAGGAUACGAAGACGAGGAAAAAAAGACAAACAUCCGAGCCAUGACGAAUUCCGCGCCCAAGUUAGACAAUGCCAAGGUGGACCGACAGGCCUCGCCAAAGGUCGGGUAUCAAUACCAGUACAAUCAUCACCAUCAGCAUCAUCGUUCCAACAGUAAAUCAUCGCCAUUCCUCUACAAGAACAGUCGCCACGCCGCCAAAAACACCAAAGACGGCCGGCAGAGCUGCAGCCCGUAUAGCUCGUCAUCCAAAAGUCCGAGGAACUCGCCGCAACAACAGCAGCAACGCUGUGAGCAGCGCAGUCCAAGCAGCAGCCCGACCAACAACAGCUUCUACGCGGGCGCUAAGUUCUCCGAAACACCAUCGCCCGCGAGCGUGCCCAAACCGCCAAGCCAUUGGAUGAGCGCGGUGACUGGACUGAUGGAUGGCUGUCAUCAAUCGAACAACGCGAGCGACUAUUCGAGGCAACUACGUAUAAUGCUGAAAGUUCAGGCUUGAUAUCCAAAAACUAACAACGCGUCCACCACCAUCGUUCAAGAAGAGAAGCGGCCGUCAGCUUCUAGAGAAUCAGGUACGGUAGGAAAUCAUCGUCGAUAAGUCAUCGGCCAAGAGGAUAACGGGAAUAAUAAAAAUAAUAACGAUGAUAACGACAGAUGAUGAUGGUGACACCGUGUGCAGGUCGUACACACGGUUUUUUCGAUUUUAUCCCGCGAGUGGAUACCGUAAUCCGUUCUUUACGCUAAGAUACACAUCCAGCAUACAGACUUUAACCGUAGACUAUACACACGGCGGGAUUACGACGCGAUGCAUCGAUGCGAUGUCGCGAUCGAUGUGGUGUGUGUAUGCGCGCGCGUGCGCGCGCGCUAUAGAGAUACAUGCAUUAUAUAUGUAUAUUGCGUUCUCUGGAACUCUCAUCACGCGCCAUCAUACGCUGUGACAAAAUGUAAGUAAUACUGUAUUUUAGAUUAUCGUAUACCGCUAAACUUUCAACACAAGGAGAGCCCUAUGUACGUACAUACAUAUAUUAUCUAUACAACAUCGGAACACACAGAAAGAGAAAGUACAUUCUCAGUCUGACGAUACGACAAGCGGACGAGCGAAGUUGCCCUUCGCGAUUUUGUCAUACGAGAUGUGCUUCAAUAUCGACGCGUUGAAAAGAAACAAGAAAAGAUGUCUGAUAACUCUUUGCGAGAACUCUUUUCAAAGCAGCUUUGAAAGCUCGCGUUUCGCAUUGCUCUCAAGACACCCAGUGUUUCCGCGCGUGUUUUUAUCUCGUCAAACUCUAAUCAUUCUAGCAACAACAUUGGAAACGUCGCGGCGCGUACAAUUUGCUGUUUCAUAGCACGGAGAUGCUGGACAAAUGACUAUUCGUUUAAUAGCCGCCCGACUAAUGAUAGUUAUCAGUAUAUUUCUUUAUUAACAGUUUCUUUAUCAUUUUGGUACAGAUUAAUUUCGAGUAGCCCUUUUUAGUUUCAAUUUAUUUUUCCUUUUUGUUUUUUUUUUUGUUGGGUAUAUUUUUAUUUUUUUGCUAUUCUGCUACACUGUUAAACGUGAAAUAAGUAUAUAAGAUGUAAGUUUUGAGUUUCAUAGUGCACAUUAGGAGAGUGGUAGUUAAAUGUGUGAAUGACAUAGUAGACAGAAAGGAUCAAUACAACAGAGAAAAUCUGAAUGAUAGACGAAGAUUCAUGAAUGAUUACGAAUGAAUGCUUCGAUUGUAUGAACGUUUCGGAUAUAUUAUAAUAAUCAUUACGACAUUGCAUCAAAUCCAAAUUUUGAUCAAAUUUUUCGUGCUCGUUUCUCGGCAUGUUUCAAUAAAAUCACUAAUAUAAUUGCACAUAAAUUUAAAGUAAAAUAAAUUUAAAUUUUAUUUUUAUUAUAGCAAGGGAGAGUGAUAGUAGAGAUGGACAGACAAAUCGAGAUAAGGAAUAUUGUCAGAUUCGACCGUUACAAAGACGAAAUAUUUUUCUUAUUCAUCAUAAUCGAUUUAUAAUAGAUUCAAUUUGUUAUAAAUCUCUCUUAAUGUAAUACUAUUAAUGUGAUUGUCGUGAUGAUCGUUCUGUUGUUUUUGUAAAAUUCAAGUACUAACAUAUUAGUAUGAUACUUUAGACAUGAAGGACGAGAGUUUUUUAAGGGGAAAGAGAACACAUUAGCGUCGCCGUUACCUAAUAGCCUUGGUUAACUAACGUUUCAUUAGGUGAUUGUCUAUCUUUUCUUAGAUCGUAAUCAUAGCUGUAACAGAGAAAUAGGACUUGAUAACAACGGUUAAAGAGUAAUACUGCGUCCCAAUUAACGGAUGGAAAUUCAUAAAUAGAUAAAAGCCGGAACAAGGUUUAAUAAUAACCGACGUUGACUCAACCGUCCUUAAAGCGUUCUUUGUGCGAGUUUACGGAAAGUUCUGUUAUGCUAACAGGUUUAGGAAAUAGGACGAUGCACUAAAGUUUUUCGUUGUUUAUAAUACUUUACGGGCGCAAUUGUCAUAUCAAACUCGCAUCACUUCUAUCUAUAUUGGACAAGUAAAUGGACUUAAUCUAUUAUAAUACACAAUAACAAUAAUAUUAAGGGUAAAUAAUAACAAUGAUAGUAGUAAGAUAAGGCCUUAACGAUACAACAGCGUGGAGAAUACGAUCGUGAUUUAAGUUUUUAAAAAAUUUGUGUCAUCUAUUUUUUUUCUUUUUUUUUUUUUU